AUGCGCGAAGUCAUCUCUCUCCACGUCGGACAGGCCGGUGUCCAGAUUGGUAACGCCUGCUGGGAGCUCUACUGCUUGGAGCACGGUCUUGCCCCUGAUGGCACCUUGAACCAAACCGACCAAGUCGUGAACGAGCUCUCGUCGCCCAGCACCUUCUUCUCCGAGACUGGCGCUGGCAAGCACGUUCCCAGAGCUAUCUUUGUCGAUCUCGAGGAGAGUGUCAUCCAGGAAGUCCGCAACGGAUCCUACCGCAACCUCUUCCACCCCGAGCAGAUGAUCUGCGGCAAGGAGGAUGCCGCCAACAACUACGCUCGUGGUCAUUACACCAUCGGCAAGGAGCUCGUUGACAAGGUUCUGGACAAGGUUCGCAAGCUGGCCGACAACUGCUCCGGUCUUCAGGGCUUCUUUGUCUUCCACUCGUUUGGUGGUGGUACCGGUUCCGGUUUCGGUGCCUUGCUCCUCGAGCGUCUUUCCGCCGACUACGGAAAGAAGUCCAAGCUCGAGUUUGCUGUCUACCCUGCUCCUGAGAUGGCCACGUCUGUUGUUGAACCCUACAACUCCAUCUUGACCACCCACACCACCUUGGAGCACACCGACUGUGCCUUCAUGGUCGAUAACGAGGCCAUCUACGAGAUCUGCCAGCGCAACCUGGAUGUUUCUCGCCCCACCUACACCCACUUGAACCGCAUGAUUGCUCAGGUCGUCUCCUCGAUCACCGCUUCGUUGCGCUUUGCUGGCUCGUUGAACGUCGACUUGAACGAGUUCCAGACCAACUUGGUCCCCUACCCUCGCAUUCACUUCCCCUUGGUCACCUACGCUCCCAUCUUGUCAGCCAAGAAGGCCUACCACGAGCAGCUCUCCGUCAGCGAGAUCACCACCGCCUGCUUCGACAUCCAGAACCAGAUGGUCAAGUGUGACCCUCGCCAGGGCAAGUACAUGGCCUGCUGUCUCUUGUACCGUGGAGACGUUCUCCCCAAGGAUGUCAGCAGCACCAUUGCCCACCUCAAGACCAAGAAGACUAUCCAGUUUGUCGACUGGUGCCCCACUGGAUUCAAGGUCGGCAUCAACACUAAUGCCCCUGCAGUUGUUCCUGGCGGUGAGGUCGCCAAGGUCCACCGUGCUGUCUGCAUGUUGUCGAACACCACCGCCAUUGGUGAGGCCUGGUCUCGUCUUGACCACAAGUUCGAUCUCAUGUACGCCAAGCGUGCUUUCGUCCACUGGUACGUCGGUGAGGGUAUGGAGGAGGGCGAGUUCUCUGAGGCUCGUGAGGAUUUGGCCGCUCUUGAGAAGGAUUACGAGGAGGUUGCUACCGACAGUCUUUCUGCAGAGCAGGAGGAGGAGGAGUACUAA